GUGGACUAAAGCCCAUACUCUUCUGGUGCAGCAGCGCAUCAGGAAAGACCUGCUGCAGGAUGUGGUGAAGGAGUCCGAUGCUAUGCUCAGGGAGGGCUACCAGCUGUUCUUUGACCACCUGCAGGAGCACAACAUCCCUCUGCUCAUCUUCUCUGCUGGGGUAGGAGACGUGCUGGAGGAGGUGAUCCGCCAGGCCGGUGUCUUUCACCCCAACGUCAAGGUCUUCUCCAACUACAUGGACUUUGAUGAGACUGGAGUGCUGAAGGCGUUCAAAGGGGAGCUGAUUCACAUCUAUAACAAGAGGGAGGGAGCUCUGCUGAACACGGGCCACUUCCAGGAGCUCAAGUCACGCCACAAUGUCCUGCUGGUGGGAGACUCUCUAGGGGACCUGACCAUGGCUGAUGGGGUGCACAGCAUGGAGAACAUCCUCAAGAUCGGCUUCCUCAACGACAAGGUGGAGGAGAGGAAGACGUCCUACCUGAAUGCUUAUGACAUCGUGCUGGUGAAGGAUGAGACCAUGGAAGUGCUGAACGCCCUGCUGCUCCACCUCACCAGCACCAAGUGACCUGACCAUGAAAUUCAUCUCACUGGCCAAUCAGUAACGAGCCUUCCGAAGCUACAGGAAGUAUGUCGUACUGGUUUAGCAAGCUCUUGCUCAGGAAGUGCCCGUAGUCAGAUACCAUGAGCCAAGUCAGAAUGGUAUUGUUGUUUUGGUUUGUCUUUUACUAAAGCUCCAAUGGCUGUUUGUGUGGGCCUCUGGGAUGGGUCUCAGACUGUGUUUUGGAGUCGUCCUUCCACGCUCCUCCAGUUGAGUCCUUGUUGAACACUUACAACUUGAGAGCAACAUCCGUUAUAGUCCUAAAAUUUGAUUUGAUUUACUCGACAACCCUACUGUCACAUUCUCAAUUGUUUACGAACCGUCAAUAGUCCAACUGAAAUGGGACAGGAAAACUAGGUGACUUCCCCAUCUGGUAAAUGGGUUGGGUUCGUGGGGAGAGAAACGUGACUGGUGAUAUGUAUGCCCUGUCUACAUAUGAGGAAUAUACAGUACCAGUCAAAAGUUUGGACACACCUACACAUUCCAGGGUUUUUCUUUAUUUUUACUAUUUUCUACA